AUGGCUCUAACUGCCAAUUCUUCUGAGGCUGCGGCCGCUGACGAUUGGCCCGAUGACCCAGGCGGGUCUGUUUGGGCAGCUUACCUCGAAGAUUCUUCGAAGGCCUUAGAAUUAUACGCCCAGUACUCUUCGGGCAUCAUGACCGGGAUCCUCACCUUUGCGGGUCUCUUCGGCGCCAUCGUCGCAGCGUUCUUGAUGGAGAGCCUCAAGUCUCUGAAGCCCGAUCCGGCAGAAGAGAGCAGGGACGUAUUGAAAGAGACCAGGGACAUAUUGAACAAGCUCCUGAGUGCUACGUUGAACGGCACCGAGUCUCAUAUCGAGGCGGUCGAUCCCCCGCCCUUUCGUCCAGAUGCUACUGCUGUCAUUGUGAAUCGCCUUUGGUCUACGGCGCUCGCUAUCUCCCUUAUGGCUGCGCUUUUGGCGACCCUUUACCAAGAAUGGGCGACAAGACUUGUCUCUUUGCGAGAUCGCUCUAAGAACAGGGAUCUGGAGGCGCACGCUAUUCACCAUAUUCAACGCUUCAGCAGCGCCUAUCGAUAUGGCUUCGACUCGGUCGCCCCGUUAGUCAUCGGCUUGAUGCACUUUGCCGUCAUUCUAUUCCUCUUGGGGCUAGUGCUAUAUCUACGCUCCCUCGACCCCGAUCCCGCCUACUACGUGUUUCUCGCGACCGGCACUGGCGCCAUAGUCUACUCAGGCGCCAGUCUCCUGCCGAUGAGAGAUCCGACAUGCAUUUACCGCACCCCCUUGACGGCCUUCCUCACGCUCUCCACCGCGAUGUUUGUAUCGUUCGUCGUGGUGGUCGUGUUGUACGCUUGGGCGCUCUGCAAGGCGGCGGCGGCCUGCUUGUCGCGCGGCCGUCCUAGCGAAACGUGGAGCCGCGCCCUCGAGUGGAAGACAUGGGGGGAAGCAUGGGAUCCGUUCCAUAUCUCCACGUCAGUAUACGCAAUGGCGGUCUAUCGUUGGAGAGGAGGCGAAAGCCAAGUGGGCAUGCCCCUCGAGGUUUUCAUCGGCACGACCAUCGAGACCGGGCAGAUGCCGCCGGUGCAAGCCCCUCUUGGCGAGUUCGAACUCAAUUUCCUCGUCCAGCACGUCGGAUGGAUGAUCGUCGACUAUCCUGCCUUCAUGCGGCACCUUGUCUUGGACCUGCUCGACGUAGGAAGUCCUGCCUUCGGAGCAGUCUUCGUUCAAAUCCGGAGGAGGAGGCAUCUCGUACGCAAGAUAGCCAUAGGACUCUGCGAAGUGGAGUCGCCGAACUCGGCUGUGGGGGCUCUGCGGCUGCUACAGGUGAUGCUACUGGCAAGGUGGAGAUUGGACACCGUCGAUCAGUCCAGGACACGAGAUGAAUAUCGAUGGGAGAUGAUGGACCCCAUCUUCCAGGCCGCACCCCGCUUCGUAGCUCGGCUGAUCAAGGCCGACAGGCAAGCGAUGGGAACGAAAGAUCUUUCUGUGCGAGCUGCCUUGUGCAGUCUUCGCUGGUCUCUUCUGAUUCUAUGGGAUGAUGCGGCCGCAAGCCCUAGUGCACCGUCGCUCGUCAACGAUCGCAUACGCGACCUGCUGCGGUCCUUCGAGCACCACAACGACGUCUUUGCCUUGCUCCCCUUCAGCACGUACUCUUCUCUCGGCUCAGACCAGCAGAACAUGGCCCCGCCCUUCUAUCAGGGAGAGAUCCCCAUCCGGGAGGUAGCCGCCCUCAACUCGUUUCUUCUCCUUGAAGCCGCGCUGCAAUGUGAUUGGAGCGGCUGGUGGGCAGCGCCCGACGUCCCAUACCUCAAGGAGGAGUACGGCCCCGGCAUGUGGGAGUGGGAUAAGGAGUUCUCACCGCUGCGCAAGUUCUCUUCGUCGCCUUUCAAAGUCAUAUCUCCGGAGAGAUUUGGGCAGCUUCUGCGAAGGAUCGAUGCCCGUCCAGGUACUUGGACGGAUGGGAAUAUCUUCGUAAUCCCAUUGGAUGUGAACGUUCCCUCCUUCGCCAUCCGCGCUCUCUACGACUUGUCCAAGAUGGUCAACCUGACUGCACUCCACCGGUCCCUCGUUAAGGCGCAACAGGAAUACAUCUUGUGUCCGGCACCGGAGGAUAUGCAUCUUCCCGAGUCUCGCGAGCCUCUCGACAAUAGCCCCGAUUAUACCGUGGCACCGCAAGGUGUUCCGCCUUCGCAGGAUCUCGCGCAAGAGAGUCCGCGUCUUUCUAUUUCCCACGAGCCCCUCGACAAUAGCCCCGAUUAUACCGUGGCACCGCAAGGUGUUCCGUCUUCGCAGGAUCUCGCGCAAGAGAGCCCGCGUCUUUCUGUUUCCCACGAGCCGCUCGGCGAAGGCGCCAAUGGCAAUGGCAACGCGGUACCUCAGGGCACUCCAUCAUCGCAGGACCUCGCGCCAGAGAGUCCGCAUCUUAUGCCCCGUGAGCCGUUGGUCAAUGGCUCUGGUGCUCCUGUGCAUAACCCGGCUUCGGAAGAUCCGGAUAGUCCUGAGGGUUCGGAGGACUCUGCGUCGGAUGAUUCGUUGCCGACGGAUGAAGGAGCUGCCGUGGAGUCCGCACAACAAACACCCUUUGCCAAUGGCUUCAUGCCGAAGGAACCUCUGCUGGGGGAAGCGAGCCUCGACAGCUCAUGUCCAAGGCACGCCAUUUGUCGAAUCGACAGCGUUCAUAACAUCAUGGCUCAUUAG